AUAAUGUUGGUAUCUAGAUAUCGCGCAAUAAUCUACAGCCAGUUCGUCUUGUUACUUAUUGAUCUCUUCAUCAAUGCUUUUGGAUCACUUCUUAGCGAUCGAGAUGUCAUCCUACUCGUUAUUUAUAUAGUCCAGCUCCUGUGCCUGGUAUUCAACUUAAUUGUUAUAUUCCUGGUCUUCUUUAAUACUUACGUUUUUCAAGCUGGCCUUAUGAAUCUGUUGGUUAGAAAAUUUCGGAUGGCCAUUUGUAUUAAUGUGAUUUAUGCUUUGAUCUCUGUGGGUAUUCACGUAUGGACAUUGAUAAAGGUGUGGGGCCAAGGCUCAAGUACAUACAUUUGGGAACCUGGUUACCAGGCGCUGUAUGUAGUCCACAGAGUUGCUUCUGUAUUUUAUUACUACUUCUACAAGAGAAUGGCGUUAAAACUAGGAGAUCCGAGGUACUACAAAGAUUCGGAAUGGUUGCGAAAGGAGUAUGCUCGAUCUCACUAA